CCGCUUAGUUUUUCAUUUUUGAUUUUUUUUUCCAAAAAUGGUGAAUGAUGAUAACUAUAGUAAUCAAGAAGAGGGGAAAGGGAAUAAAAACCCAUCAACCAUCUCCAGAGGCGGCGGCGGUGGUGGUGGUGGGGGUGGGGGAGGAGCCACCAGGUCAUGGGGCACCACAGUUUCCGGCCAAUCUAUGUCGACUAGCGGCAGCGUGGGUUCCCCAUCCAGCCGGAGCGAAGCUCCGGUAGCGACUCCGGCGAGCGACAGCACAUUUAUCCGAUUAAACAAUCUCGAUAUCCAAGGGGAUGAUGCUGGAUCUCUAGGGCCUGCUGGGAAGAAGAAGAGAGGCCAACGUGCAGUCGGAGGCGAUAAGAAUGGCCGAGGGCUUCGUCAGUUUAGUAUGAAAGUGUGCGAAAAAGUCGAAAGCAAAGGGAGAACUACAUAUAACGAGGUGGCGGAUGAACUUGUUACUGAAUUUGCAGAUCCCAACAAUAAUCUUGCAUCUCCAGACCAGCAACAAUAUGAUGAAAAAAAUAUACGUAGAAGGGUAUAUGAUGCUUUAAACGUGCUAAUGGCGAUGGAUAUUAUUUCGAAAGAUAAAAAAGAAAUACAGUGGAAGGGUCUACCUCAUACAAGCUUGAACGACGUUGAGGAGUUGAAGACUGAGCGUAUUGGACUUAGAAGUAGAAUCGAAAAGAAAGCAGCUUAUCUUGACGAGCUCGAGGAGCAAUACAUUGGUCUUCAAACCCUCGUACAGCGAAACAAGCAACUAUAUGGCUCGGGAAAUGCUCCAAGUGGUGGAGUGGCUUUGCCUUUUAUUUUGGUGCAGACUCGUCCUCACGCAACCGUAGAAGUGGAAAUAUCAGAAGAUAUGCAGCUGGUGCAUUUCGAUUUCAAUAGCACUCCUUUCGAGCUACACGACGAUAAUUACGUUCUCAAGGCAAUGAAAUUUUGUGAGAGAACACAUGUCGGUGGUGGUGCAGGAAGGAAUAUUCCGGCAGAUAGUGGUGGUGCAAGCUCCAGCAUGGCCACAUUGUACCACCCGCAUCGUUCUAGGUCAAAUAUCUCAGGUAGGCCACCCCCCUCGCCCCCCCUACCCGGAAUUAUAAAAGCUCGUGUUAAGCACGAACAUUAGUUUCUCUUACAUAGAAAAAAAAAGGCUUCAAUUUCUUCAGUAAAACUACAUUUGUAUAUUGUGUAAAAUUUACUAGACGGGCUUGUUUGUAAGCCUUCUAUUUUUAUCUUAGGAAAUAUUUCGUUUAUCGAUUUGGUAAUAUUCGGGCAUUUAAUAAUAUAUUAUUUUCCUUAUGUUUUUUUUUU